UUAUUAAUUCCAUUCUCUCAUUUUCUGAUCUUUGCAUGCUCUAACCUUUCUCUCUCUCAACUCUACUCUAUCACCAUCACCACCUCUGCACUUAUAUGAGUUUUCACAAUAAUAAAGCCUAAACUUGUUUUGGUCAACAAGACCCUCUUCUCUAUCUUCCCCUCCCAUACCUUGCUUCUUCUCAACAAAAUCAUGGACAACUGUUUCCAAGAUCAUGGAAACAACAACAAUGGCACUGCAGUUAUAUCCACAGUGGCUUCCAUUGCAGCCUCGGCUAUGCUAAUUCGAACAAUUGUCUACGAUUACAUUCCUCAUGAGAUCAUAAACUUUUUCAACUUAAAGUUUCAUGGCAUGAAGCGUUUCUUCUCCUCCCAACUCACCAUUGUGAUCGAAGAGUUCAAAGGAGUUUCAAAGAACCAAGUUUAUGAGGCUGCAGAGGUCUAUUUAGGAAGCAAAGGCACACUCUCUGCGGUUAGAGUUAAAGCAAGCAAAUCAAUGGAGGACAAGAAUCUUGCAUUUGUUAUGGACAAGAACCAAGAAGUUUGUGAUGAUUAUGAAGGAGUUAUGGUGAGGUGGAAGCUUUGCUGUGAAUAUGUUGCUUCAGCUGGUAACAAAGAACACCCUGAUGAUAUCAAUGCUUCUUUGAAAUCAGAAGUAAGAUCCUAUGAACUCACCUUUCACAUGAAACACAGAGACAAGAUCUUCAAUUCAUAUUUGCCCUUUGUGUUGGAAAGAGCAAAGGCUAUUAGAGAAGGGAACAUGGCUUUGAAGCUUCACACAAUUGACUAUGAUCAUUAUUGGGUUGGAGAAGUCAAGUUUUGUCACCCCAUGAGUUUCAAGACACUUGCAAUUGAUGAUGAACUCAAGAAGGAGAUAGUUGAUGAUUUGGAAAAAUUUGUGAAUGGGAAAGAGUUUUAUAAGAGGAUUGGGAAAGCUUGGAAAAGAGGCUACCUGCUGUAUGGUCCUCCAGGGACUGGCAAAUCGAGUCUCAUCGCCGCCAUGGCGAAUUAUCUUAAUUAUGACAUCUAUGACUUAGAUCUUACUGCUGUUAGUAAUAAUAAGGACUUGAAGAAUCUGAUCCUUGGCAUGUCCAACCGUUCCAUACUUGUAAUGGAGGAUAUUGAUUGCACUAUAAAGCUUCCCAACAGAGAAGAAGAAAAAGAAGAUAAUAAUAAUAAUAAGGAAGCAGAUAAAAGUGAAGAUAGCAAGGUGACACUUUCAGGGCUGUUGAAUGCAAUAGAUGGUCUAUGGUCAUGCUGCGGUGAGGAAAGAAUCAUAGUAUUGACAACAAAUCACAAAGAGAAGCUUGAUCCUGCUCUUAUAAGAGCUGGAAGAAUGGACAUUCACAUUCACUUGUCAUACUGUACCUUUUCUGCCUUUCAGCAAUUGGCAUUCAACUACCUUGGCAUCUCACAACACAAACUUUUUGAAGAGAUUCAAGGGCUGCUAGGAAAAGUCCAGGUUACCCCUGCAGAAAUCUCAGGAGAGCUAACAAAGAACAUCAAUUCCAAAGAACCCUUACAAGAACUUGUGAGAUUCUUGCACAGCAAGGAUAUGGUGCAAGAACCACAAGAAAUUUCCGAACUUAACAAGGUCUUGAAGGGAGUCACUGGAACUUCUUGUCUUUGUUAGCUCUCCUGCAAUCUCUGCUGGAGUAACCUGCAUUUCUCCCAAGAGCCUUUCAAUCUCUUGAAAGAGAUUGUGAUCUGAGAUUCCAAGGUAGUUGAAUACCAAUUGUUGAAAAGCAGAAAAGGUGCAAUAGGACAAGUGAAUGUGCAUCUCCAUUCUUCCAGGCCUUAGAAGAGCAGGAUCAAGCCUUUCUUUGUGAUUCGUCGUGAACACGAUAAUUUGUUCCUCGCCACAGCUUGACCAUAGACCAUUUAUAAUAAUCUUCUCAACUUCUUUCAGUUAUCAUGAACUAAAGGUUAUGAUGGACUUAACUUUAGAAGUUGAAUGAUGUAAUGAAAACAAAAUCACAAACCUUAGGCUCUUGCUUUCUGUGUGCUUCUUUAUCUCCCUCUCUGUUUUGCAACUCUAUAGUACAAUCAAUAUCCUCUAUGACAAGUAUGGAACGGUUAGACAUGCCAAGAACCAAAUCCUUCAAGUUCAUAUUGUUAUAUAUACCAGUGAGAUCUAAGUCAUACACUUGGUUCCUUCAUACACUUGGUUCGUUGUGACCCCAUGAAAUUCUUCAAUGACAAUGGUGAAUUGGGAAGAGAAGUGAAGUCUAAUACCAUGAAUUUGUGAGGAGAAAAAGUCUAGGAUUUCAUGAGGAAUGAAAUCAUGGGCAAUGCUUCUAAUUAGCAUAGCCGUGGCUGCAAUGGAUGCCACUGUUGAUAUCAUUUUUCCUUUGUGGUAAUUAUUGGACAUUUUUUCUAAGGAAUCUUAAUAUGCUUAUUAUAAUAGCUUAGGAGUUUAGG